AGAGUCUUCGUGGCGUAGCUUGUUCAGCUGCUCGUCGAAGCGGCUGUCGGACGGUCGCUUCUCAGCGAAUCUGCGUACGAUGUAGCGGCCAUUUUUGUUCUUAGUUCAUAAUAGCGUGCAUAUAUUUUAAUGUAUAUCGAAGGACAUAUAGGCAAUUUUCGCGAUGACUAUCAUAGUCUUUUUAAUAGAUACCUCAGCUUCUAUGAACCAAAGAGCUUAUUUGGGCGGACGCCCGACGUUGCUCGAUGUAGCCAAGGGCGCUGUGGAAACGUUCGUAAAGGUACGUCAACGAUCCCCUGAAAGCAGAGGCGACAGGUAUAUGCUCCUAACUUUCGAAGAGCCACCCGCGAACAUCAAGGCUGGUUGGAAGGAGAAUCUGGCUACAUUUAUUAAUGAGUUGAAGAAUCUGCAAUGUUUGGGGUUGACUACUAUGGGUGCUGCUUUGAAGCAUGCAUUUGAUGUUUUGAACAUAAACCGCAUGCAAACUGGCAUUGAUACCUAUGGUCAAGGGAGGUGCCCAUUUUACCUUGAACCUUCUGUCAUUGUUGUGAUCACUGAUGGAGGAAAGCUGUCAAGUAAUGCUGGCAUUCAGGAGGAGUUUAAUUUGCCGAUGAACUGCCCUAUACCAGGGUCUGAAUUGACCCGAGAACCAUUUCGAUGGGACCAAAGACUAUUUUCCUUAGUACUUCGGCUGGCUGGCACUCCUGCGGUGGAGAGGGACACCGGUCUAGUGCCGUCUGAUUCUUCGCCCAUUGACGCAAUGUGUGAAGUAACUGGAGGGCGUUCCUACUGCAUCACGUCACACCGCAUGCUGAUGCAAUGCAUCGAUAGUCUUGUGCAAAAAGUCCAGAGCGGUGUGGUCAUUAACUUCGAGAAAAUGGGUCCAGACCCGCCGCCUAUCGAUGGAGGGACCAACAGGGAAGGCGAGGGGGAGGACAUGAAUCACGAAGGCGAAAAGGAUUUGGAAAACGACGGCGAGAGGAAUGGGCGUUGGAACGGUGGCUCUUACCAAACCAACGCGAACCAGGCGCAGAACAGCGGCGCGCCCCAGGCGUGGCACUCGUGCCGGCGACUCAUCUACGUGCCGCGGACGGUGGCGCAGAAAGGCUUCGCGGUUGGCUUCUGGCCAAUACCGGAAUCGUUUCGGUCGGACCCCAAUGCGCCUACAUUGCCUCCCCGGUCAGCCCAUCCCGUGGUGAAGUUUACGUGUUCGAGCCAGGAGCCGAUGGUUAUCGACAAUCUGCCGUUCGACAAGUACGAGCUGGAACCAAGCCCGCUCACGCAGUUCAUACUGGCUCGGAAACAGCCUACGAUAUGUUGGCAGGUUUUCAUAGCCAACAGCGGUUGCAAGAACUCCGAAAUGAACCAACCGUUCGGCUAUUUGAAGGCGUCUACGAAUCUAACGUGCGUGAAUCUGUUCGUGUUGCCGUACAACUACCCGAUGUUGUUGCCUUUGCUGGACGAUCUGUUUAAAGUGCACCGGUGCAAGCCUACGCCCGAGUGGAAGAUGGCGUUCCAACACUAUCUUGAUAGGAUGCCGGCUUACUAUGUCGCGCCUUUACGGAGAGCGUUAACGAAGAUGGGCGCAUCGGCACCGCUGUUGCAAAGUUUGAUUCCGGACACGCAAGACAAUUCGCUUAGUUUCUCUGUAUUGAACUACUUGAAAAGACUGAAAAAUCAAGCCAAGGUUGAGUUUGAGAAGUUGUGUGCUGACGUCAUCAACAAGGCUUCCAGUAACAAUAAUCAAAAGGUGGCUGAAAGCGUUCGAGUGAUGCCCCGUUCGCCGUUGAAAAAAGAUCUGACCACACAUCCGUGCCUUCAAGACAAAUUCUCAGCCCUCCGAGACCAGCUAAACGAGUUUGGCGGGUUCGUGGUCGGACUGUCAAGGGGCAGACAUAAGGCGCAGGCGCACACAUACCGGAAUCCCUUUGAUAUACAGCGAAGAGAUUUGUUAGAUCAGGUUGUACGCAUGCGAGCUAACUUCCUGCAACCGUCGCUAGCCCACACGCGGCUGGUGGACGAGGACAGUGUGCACUCGAUGCCGGUGGCGCAAAUGGGCAACUACCAGGAGUACUUGAAGCGCAUGACGCCGCAGCUGCGAGAGAUCGAGACGCAGCCAGUGCGACAGCACAUGUUCGGCAAUCCGUUUAAGAUAGACAAGGUUAUUGCCAAAUAUGAGUUACCGCGCAUGAUGGUGGACGAGGCGGACAUCGACCCGGUGGGCGGCGCGGUGCGCGGCGGCGCGGGCGGCGGCGCGGCGGGCAAGCGCGGCGCCGACACCCCGCGCGCGCCGCCGCCCAAGCGCAAGCCCGGGCCGCUGCCGCUGCACGUGGUGGCGCGGCGCCCGUCGUCGCCCGCCAGCCCCGCGCUGUCGCCGCCCGCGAGCCCGGCGCCGCCGUCGCCGCCGCCGCUGACGCCGCACUCGCCGCGCCGCGCUCACUCGCCGCCGCCCUUGCCCGCGUCUUCCCCCGCGCCGCUGGGGCAGUUGAGUCCGCUGAAUCCUUUGGCACCAUUGUCACCGUUAUCGCCUGUGUCGUUGCGGCGACCGGCCUCGCCUCUAGCCCCUGUGCCUUCAGACCUGCCAUCAGGAAGACCACCAGAGGAACCUCCACACGUGGAUACGGGCGGCUCAGCGGUGGGGCCGGCUGCACCGCCCGCCUCUCCACCUGCAGUCGCCCCCGCCAACCUCCCGCCUGUUGUGAAACCGUUUCUCAAUGGAGAUGCGUAUACCACAAUGGGUAGCAAGAUGCCGCGAUCGCCGUCGCCGCCGAGCUCGCCGCCCGCCUCGGCGCCCGCGCCGCCCGCAGCUGCCGCGCCUGCCGUCGCUGCGCCCGCCACCACCGCGCCUGCGCACGACACGCAAGAGCUGCAGAUCAACGCCAUCCUGCAGGGCAUCGCCGCGGAGAACAACUCGAAUGCGAGGGGGAAGAAGCGGAAACGAAAGCAGAGCGAGCGCGGCGGAGGCGGUGCGGCGGCGGUGCCGGCGGGCCCGGCGCCGCCCACGCGCGCCGAGCUGGCCGACAUCAAGCGGCACAACCUCGACGUGCGCGCGCACGUCUACCGCGCCGUCCGGAGACCCGGCAGAGAUUUCACAAAACUAUUCGAACACUUAAAACAGUUAAAAGGCAGUGUGGAUAUUAAAAAAGAUGUGAUACGUGAUGUGAUUAACGAAUCGCUAAGGUUUAAGCGGAAAGCGCUCGCUAAGUUACUGGAGGACUUUUUGGCCGGUUUAGAGAAGAACGGGAGUAGUGCGUCUGUCACUAUGAAGCGGUACAACAACGCGGUCCACUACAGUAACUCGGCGCACAGCUAGUGACGAAUGAAAAUCGCGUGGUCCAUGCCACAGUGAUUAACUGUUCUAGAGCUCAAAAACAUUGUAGAAUAUGUGACGCGAUACCGUCAAUAGAAUUCAAAGCAAUUACCGUAUUACAGUGAGAUCUCCCGUUUGCAGUUGUAUGUUUAAGAAAAAUUCCUGUUUCCGUUCUGAUGUACUUCAUUAGCCAAAUGUUAUGUUGCUCGAAACCAUAAUGGAUUUACAUUCAAUUUCACCAAAAUAAAAGCAUUUAUUUUUACAUCGCGUUAACCGAAUAUAUUUCGAAUUGUGAAUCUGCGGUACUUCUGAUUCUGGGGCCUUAUUUUCGUAUUUGUUUGUUAACAAUGAACUUUACAAUUUUUAUACAGUUUGAGAAAUAUUUACGUAGGAAAUAAGGCCCUCCACCAUCAUAGUAUAAUUUGAUAGCUGUUGUAAUUUUAAAUCGUAUUCUAUUUAAAAUUAUUAGCAAAUGCAUAGUUAAAUUUACAUAUGGAUUUUAGAUAAUUGUUAUGUAUAAUAUAUUGCGCUUCAUGUUUGCACAGUGAUCGACAAUAGAAUAUUAGAGAUUUAAAGCUAUAAAUAUUUAAGUUUUUAAAACAGUGAUUCAUUUGAUAUUACGCUUUGUAAAAUAGAUAAUAAUGGCCUUCGAUGGUAUUAAUAAAUUUAAAUUGUGCACAUACUGCGCACUGUCCCGAGUUUUGACGAAAUUCAUUCUGUAUGGAAGCAAUUUUGGACUCCAAAUAGAAUAUCGUUUUCGGUACUUAUAUUUAACUAUAAAUGUUUGUCCAUUCCAUGUUUUUUUUUCACUAAAUAGCCAAAAAAUUUGGGUACUGCCCCACUUUGAUCCGAAAGGAAGUUAUGGUCAUUUCACAGCUUUCAAGUUAUACUAAGGAAGCACGCGUCACACCUGAAGGCAUUGCUGAAUGUGACUACCUUCUUGUCCGUUUAUAGGCUUAUUACAUUAUCAAGCAAUAUUUAAACAAUUUGACGAGGUGUCUUAUUUGUGCAAAAUGAUCGCGAAAUUGUGUGUAAUUUCGUAAAUUGUAAAUAUUAAUGUAAAUAUAUUAGAAUUAUUAUAAUUACCAAUGAAAUGUAUGUAGGAUGCUGUUGGCAUCGAUGCGGUCGUUAGCGUGUUCGGAUGUUAUGAAUUUAAUUUUGAAGGACUGCGAUGUCCAAUAAACGUAAUUUUGUAUAAAAGACAUUGUUGGGAAAUUAUUGGUGUAUGUUUUGUGAUCCGGCCACGCUAACUAAUGUAAGGUCAAUUGUAAAGUGUAUAAUAUCAUUUUUUAAAUAAAUUAUGAUCCUUAUUGGAUUUUUA